AUAUACAUACACAGAAAUACACACGCACAGACACAUGUACAUACACACAGACACAUGUACACACAGACACAUGUACGUAGAUACACACAAACAAACACACAGACACAUGUACAUGCACACACACACACACACACACAGACACAUGUACACACACACAUACAUAUACACACAUGUACAUACACACAGACAUAUGUACAAUUGUACAUACAUACACAAACACACACACACCCAUAAAAAGUUGCAGUACUUCGUUGUUCACUCACAGAUCCGGGUACUGCACUCUAGGGGAAGGCAGAGAGCACAGCACACACUCCUUGCUUUGCUUUCACUGCGCUCAGCUAUUGAGCAGUCUGACGGCUCCCAGUGCCAAUGACAGAUCCGGCUUGAGCUCCGAGCCUGCUCAGCAAGACGGCCCUGGGGGACACACUCGCCCUCACCAUAAUUUCCACUCGCCAUUGGCGAUCAGGCAAGUGGAAAUUUCAAGCCCUGCUUUAAGGCAUCC